AUGACUGCGGCGCACGAUGAGCCAGUGAUCCCUAUGCCAGAUGUUCAGGAUGACCCGAUGGAGGCACCAACUGCUGUAGAGGACAUUGUGGCAGACAUUCCUGCGGACACAGGCACAGAGGCUGCUGAGGAUGAGCAUGAGGGAUUUUCGGGUGGUCCGAGCAACCCAUCCGUGUUAACCCAGUAUGCGGAUCACGUUGCUUGCAGUGUUUGGACGGGAGAGGAGCGUCCUGAGUUGAAGUUAUCUUCUCAUGGGAGGAAGGUAAACACCGACAAUCGGGGACUUUUGUCCGCGUUUGUGAAGUGGUGGCACCGAGAGACGUCUAGUUUCCAUCUCCCGGUGGGAGAGCUCACCAUCACGCUGGACGACGUAUCCUCGCUUCUCCAUCUUCCCGUGGUUGGCGACUUACACGCCUUUGAGCCCUUGCACGUGGACGAUGCAGUUCAGAUGCUGGUGGACUUAUUGAUGGUCUCUGCAGAGUCUGCCAGGGCUGAGACAGCCCAGUGUCGUGGACCGUAUGUACGUCUGCAAUGGAGUGCAACCAAUGUCCAUGUUGUCUACUUGGAGGCCCUUCGUGACCUCAGUAUGACGGAGAGGUACGCCUGGGGAGUGACUGCUUUGGUACAUAUGUACGACCAGCUGAACGAUGCAUCUAUGAGCCACAACCGACAGCUUGACGGUUACAUCACACUACUGUGGAUUGCGACGAAGAAGACCGUGAAAAGCAUUCAUACACCGGCGUAUAGGGAGCGCCUGGACCGACUUCGAAUUCCGGAUGUCUGUUGGAUCCCAUAUGGGGAGCAUCGAUCGGUCCGAGACUUCCACGUCAGAUCAUGCUAUUUCGGUCUCUUGCGCUGGGGGCCUGUUGCUGUUUAUUACCGACCAGAGAGGGUCAUGCGGCAGUUUGGAUACACGCAUACCAUUCCUGCUCCUCCUGUCGAUUCAUGGGUGUCGUAUGAUGAUAUACACGACAGGUGGAUGCACUACUCGGAUCAUAUCGUUCCAGCAGGUGAGGUGUGCAUUGUGUCAGGUCAGUGUUCUAGUGACUACAUGUACUGGUUCUUCCGCAUCUCGCAUCCUUUCAUGACACUAGGCCACACAUUAGAUCCUCUACCUCAUGGUCAUGCCCCUCAGCCCCGAGUCGUCCCUCAGGUCUCGCAGACGAAUAUCCCUCACGUGCCGGAGCCAGGAGCAUCGUCGACAUCUGCGGAGGAGCCUAGACAUGCAGUGGAAGUUUGUGAUGACACUGCUGAGAUGUUGGAGCGCCAUCUGAGUCUAGGGGUGGUCACGUCAGGCUCAUUGACACAUGAGGUGAUCGAAGAAUUCCUCAGGUUGGCCAGGAGUGUGACACAGGAUCAUCUAGUAUAUGUUAGGUCUAAAUGCAGGCGGCGUACGGAUCAGGCGUAG